GAGCACGUCAGGCUGUGUCGUCAUGACGCUGCUGAUGAGCGCUUUGAGGUGGUUGUCCGUGGCUGGACUCGUUCUGCUGCCUAAUGCGAGGUCCCGGUUACCGGUCGGUGGCCUGUAGCGUUUAGUCUGUCAGAUUCCGUGUCCAUUGCAAUGGUCAGUUUCUGUGUGGCAGGUCGGCGUGCUUUUCUUGGCCAGAUCCGGAUCCUGCCGGGCCUGCCCAGCAUGCUGCGCCGCCCCUACAGCCUCGAUAUCUCCGCAGAGCUGCUCCGCACUCAGGGCUUCAUCAACGGCCGCUGGGUGUCGGCGCCUGACACUUUCCCAGUGCUGGAUCCAGCCACAGGGGAAGAGCUGGCCCAGGUCUCUGACUGCGGACCACAGCAAGCCCGGGACGCCGUCAGCUCCGCCUACAAAGCCUUUCUGUCGUGGAAGUGCCAGACUGCAAAGGAAAGGAGCGCUCUACUCCGGAAAUGGUUUGAUCUGGUCAAUCAGCACAAUGAGGAUCUAGCCAAACUCAUUACAGCAGAGUGUGGGAAGCCGUUAAAGGAGUCUCUGGGUGAGAUUACGUACUCUGCGUCCUUUCUGGAGUGGUUUUCUGAGGAGGCCCGACGUGUCUAUGGGGACAUUGUUCCUCCGGCAGCCAAGGACCGCAAGAUGCUACUGAUGAAACAGCCAGUGGGCGUGGCCUCUAUUAUCACUCCAUGGAACUUUCCCAGUGCCAUGAUAACCAGGAAGGUGGCUGCAGCUCUGGCAGUAGGCUGCACUGUGGUGGUGAAGCCAGCUGAGGACACGCCUCUCUCUGCUCUAGCGCUUGCUGAGCUGGCAGUGCAGGCAGGAAUUCCUCCUGGAGUUUUUAACGUGGUGCCCUGCUCCAGGGAGAAGGCUCCUGCUGUGGGUGAGAUCCUCUGCACUGACCCUCUAGUGUCCAAAAUCUCAUUCACCGGCUCUACUGCCACCGGAAAGGUACUGCUGAAACAUGCUGCAGGAACAGUCAAGAGGGUCUCGAUGGAGCUGGGGGGACAUGCCCCCUUCAUCGUCUUUGACAGCGCAGACGUGGACAAGGCCGUAGCUGGAGCGCUGGCCUCCAAAUUCAGAAACUCAGGCCAAACCUGUGUGUGUUCCAACCGCUUCCUGGUGCAGAGUGGGAUCCAUGAUGCAUUUCUAGAGAAGCUGGGGAAAGCAAUGGACGCUGAGCUGCGAACUGGGCACGGGUUUGAGCCCACCACCACGCAGGGGCCCCUCAUCAACGUCAGCGCUGCUGAAAAGGUGGAGCAUCAUAUUGAGGAUGCUGUGUCUCGGGGAGCUGUAGUGCUGAAGGGUGGGAAGAGACUGGAGGGAUCUUUCAUGCAGCCCACACUGCUUUCUAACGUCAGCACGGACAUGCUGUGUAUGCGGGAGGAGACUUUUGGACCCCUGGUACCAGUAGUCAAGUUCAAUACAGAGGAGGAGGCACUUGCCAUCGCUAAUGCCUCAGAGGUUGGAUUAGCAGGUUACUUAUACUCUCAAAACCUUAGCCAGAUCUGGCGUGUGGCGGAGCAGUUGGAGGUGGGGAUGGUGGGGGUGAAUGAGGCUGUCAUCUCUGCUGCAGAGGGAGCGUUUGGUGGUGUGAAGCAGUCAGGGCUGGGCAGAGAAGGAUCCAAAUAUGGCAUUGAUGAGUAUCUGGAAGUGAAGUAUGUGUGUAUUGGUGGGCUAACUCUCUAAGCACAGGACGUCCAUCUGUGCUGUGGAACCGUGAGCGAUGAGAGGUGAUGAAAGCACAUUAAUUCACAGGGCACUGCAAAUCAAAUCGGUCAUUUUCAGACUGAACUGAAAGCAGAUUACAGGGAUUUUAUAGUAUAUAUAUACUAUACUAUAUAUAAGCAAAAAGCACAUUGCUAAAAAUGAGACAAUGGUUCCAAGUGGUAAAAGUGCUAAAAGGCAUAGUACAAAUUUUUGGCCAAGUAUAUUAAUGACCAUUUCAAUCACUUAAACUGUUGAUGUGCAGCACAUAUUGAUGCAACGAUAUUGAUUCGAUUUUCAAUAAUUUGUAUAAGAAAAGUCUGAAUUCUGCAGAGCUCUGAUUUGGCACUGUGUAGAUUGGUUUGGCUCAAAUAAAUAAAUAAAUAAAUAAAGUUAUCCAGCUGAUACAGUGCUGUGUCAGAAACUUUUCAGUUCCGUUCAAAAUGUCCUUUAAGUACAUGUUCAUUUUUUUUUUAGGAAAUAUUUUUGAUAAGAUGCUUGCUUUUCGCUGGAACGACAAAUCUGGACACCUGAGGUGUGGAAUAUGAUUUUACGAUCAUUAGAGGUAGAAAAUGCAACCAGCUUCUAAGAGUUCUUUGUAAAACUGAAACAAGUCUCCUGAAAACAAUGGAAGCUGCAAUAAAGCGUGGACACACUAAAUACUGAAAAAAUAGUAUAUAUAGUUGUUGAAGCUUCGAUGCAGUUUUCUUUUAAAUAUGUUUCAUGUUUUGACAGUGAAAAAUGAAUAACAUGUAUUUAAUGAUUAUUUUGACUGGAAAGUAAAUGAAGGGUGAUCUCAAGACCCACCUGUGCAAAAAAUGCUGAAGACUUGGCACAUAAACAGCAGUACUGUAUUUACCUGUACUAGCAACGGCAGUACUGACUGUUCUGUCUCUUAAAUAAUCUGCAGCAGGUUGUACGAUAAAGGUUUUGAAUUUUAAACCUACAGCUGUCCAUGUUGUUAAGUCAAAAAUAGUUUAAUGGUGGGUAAGAAUUGCCCUGAUGCGUGUUAGAGGUCCUUUUAUAUAAAGCACUGUGAAUACAUGCUAGAUGUGAGUAAGUAGAGGUUCUGCUGAUGUCUUACACAAUAGUCUAGUUGUAAUAAUUAUUUUUGUAAAUUGUUUACAGUUGUUAUUCAGAAACAGACUAAACACAAUGACUCUCUUCCAAAAAUGUGACUGUGCUCCUGGAAAUAAAUGUCUGUUUGGUUUUCAAGGUUUGGUAAUUGCCAAGUGUUGUACUUUAAGUGCCAAUGUCCUGUAAACCAUUUCUGAUGUAAUUUUCAUAUAAUGAUAUAAUUUUUCUUGAUUUUUUUUUACCAUAUUAGUACAUCUAGAAUUUUAAAGAUAUUUUUAAUAAGUUAAAAAAGUAAUCAGUAAUUUACUGGAUGGUUUAGAUGCAAUUCAGUUCUCUCCUUCCAGGUAGUCCAUUAUAAGUAAUGAGUAACAAAAGUUUCUUUGUUUUUAAUGGAAAAGAAUAAUGUCACUCAAAACUGCAAAGACCUGGGUAUGUAUGCAAACACUGUGUAAAUAAACUACAAUUACUAAAUGUA